AUGAGUAAAGAAAAUUUCCGUUUUUAUAUUAAAGUGCGUACUGCACUUAAUGUCCAAGCAAGGGUUAUUUAUGAAGAAUUACAUUCUGUCUUUGCUGACGAAGCUCCUCCUCUUAGAACAGUUGAGAGAUGGGCUAAAUGGUUUCGUGAAGGUCGCGAAGAAGUUGAAGAUGAAGCACGACCUGGCAGACCAGUUACUGAAACAACGACUGAAAAUAUUGAACAAAUCCGUCGUCUUAUCGAUGAUGAUCCUUAUAGUACAAUUGAAGAAUUGCAGGAACAAACUGGUUUAAGUUAUAGCACCACUCAAAGAAUUAUCAGCGACCAUUUACAGCUUAGAAAAAUGACUGCUUGUUAUAUACCUAAGCAUUUGACCGAUUUUCAACGAGCUGAACGCGUUCGCAUAUGCAAAGAAAACUUAGAAAAAUUCGAAAAAAGAAUAUGGCGCUUAUGUGAUGUGGUGACUGGAGACGAGUCGUGGUUUUAUCAUAAGCAAAUUGGUCGAAAGUCAGCGAAUGCUGCUUGGGUGACAAAAGGAGAUCCUCCACCUACAGUAGUCCGACUUAGUAAAUUCGCUCCAAGAACUUUGUUUUCCAUAUUUUUUAAGUCAAAUGGUCCCGUUAUUAUUCAUCGUAUUGCACGUGGACAAACGGUUGAUCAUCGGUAUUACUUUGACAAUUGUUUACAACCAGUCGUCAAUGAAAUCAAGCGCCGAAGACCAUCAUUCGGCACAUGUGGUAUUAAACUCCUCCACGACAAUGGAAAACCUCAUGUUCACAAAGCUGUUUGCGAUUAUCUUGAAUCAGAAGAUAUCACAAUAGUACCACAUCCACCUAAUUCGCCAGAUCUUGCUCCAUGUGACUUUUGGUUAUUCGAUUUCGUCAAACAAAAUAUAGGUGAUCAGGACGAUGCCGAAUCAUUGAAUGAUGCUAUAACUACAUUUAUGUACUCGUUAGAUCCAGAAGAGUACAGAAAAACUUUCGAUAAAUGGGUUGAAAGGAUGCAACUAUGUGUGGACAAUAACGGAGAAUAUUUUGAACAUUUAAUGAAAUAA